CCGACGCGCCUCUCCUUGUGCAGCCCCCCUCAAGAAGAGCUUUUUAUGGAAGGAAAGCUUGUUGGGUUUUUUUAAGAAAAAGGAUCUGCAUAAUACAAGUGAAGUGGAUAAAAAAACGCACGACUGAGUUCUUUUUUUUUGCGUCCUUUCUCUUGGGUUUUGUCCUUUGGUGUCUGAAUGAAACAAGGAGGCAGAUUUAAGAAGCGCCGGGACGGUGCAGGUUCUACGGUGAGAGUCGAUCUGUAAGUGGGAUUUGGGGUAAACACGUUUCCAGUGCGCACGUACAACUUUUAAUUCUUCAACUCACAACAAGCUCGACUCCUCUCUCCUCUUGUACCGCAUUCUUAUGCCGAGUUCUUUUUUUUUUUUUGUCUCGGAACGAAGAUACUUGAGUGUUUUCCCCAUUCACAGAAACUGCUUAAACUUUCUACGUUUAAAAAAAAAUAAAUAAAACGAUCGGAUUGCAUUUUCCCCCUUCAAACAUUUUGGAGGUGAUGUCAUCGUGCUGUGUUUUGGCUGGUGUUGUGUCGAGAGGGCGCAGGGAGGACUACUGCAGCCAGGCGGUAACUAUCGGCUGAGGCAAGCGGGGAAGUCCGGAAAAUCAGGUGCAAAGUGCGGCUGUCAUUUCCUCGCCGUGUCGCGGGUGGCUGAGUCCGCCACCCAGCCACAGCUGUUCCCAUCCUCUCCAGCCACCCCUCCCUCCCUAGUCUUUCUUCUCCCUUUAUUAUCCCCUCCCAUUCUCAUUCAGCGCUCUCCAUAUUCCUCUCUGAGCUGGACCGCUCCGGGACCAUAUCACAUUCUUUACCGGACGCAGUUGGUUGGUGUCACCUGAGCCUCAGACUCGUUGAGCCAGCGUGGGGGCGCAGUCAUGACCGGGGCCGCUUUUCACUGCCCUGCGCCCUCAGAGCCCCCGUCUCCAUCUCGCCGGUUAGUUCAUCAGCCAACCCAGGUAGUACUCCACCUCCAACAGCGCCUGAUCCAGCUCUGUUUGGACUAAACUUGCCUCCUGCUCUAGUCUGUGCCGGGAUAAACUCUCCAAUACUUUCCAGAAGCCUACUGUUGGGCUGAUUACGCAUUGGAUUACGCAGAAGUUUACGCGCCGACCGCAUCUGUCUACAGGGGUGACCAUCACUCUGAGGGUCAGCAAGGUCGGAGUUGGUUAUCUGUGAAGCGUGGACGCGCUUUCACCUGUUCCUCUCCUUGUCGGGGACGCGCGGCAUUUAAAGCCCUAACCUUCCCCCUUUGCUCCCCCGCCCAUCCGGCUCUGCACUGGUCUGGACAGCUGUUAGAGGUUGCCCGGCGGUCACAGUGGCACAGUUACCCCGGCCCUACACACUACCUUCACGCGGCCGCAUAUUUACCCACGCCGGGGGAACCGGGAUACGCUGCCGCCGAUGCCAACGGGAGUGUCCACUGACUCUUUGACUCUGCACAACAUCCAGCGGAUUCCAACCACACAGAGGAACUCUCCGGACUGUCGGACUGGCUCAGACCGAGCGAGGAGACUGUCUCUGGGCCAAGUUCCAUAGUGGAGGGGGGAAGCAAUGUGGUCCCUUCUUUCCACGCUGACCGUCUUAUGUAUCCAGAUGUUGCUGGUGAUGUGCAAUCCAUUACAGCAGGUACUUGGUGUGGAUGGAGUAAACUUCAGCGUGCAUGUGGAAAACCAGACACAGGUGCGAGACACCAUGAGUCGCAGACACCACCGGGUCUACCAGCUCUACAGCCGCACCAGCGGGAAACAUGUCCAGGUCCUUGGACGUAGAAUCAGCGCCCGUGGAGAAGACGGGGACAAAUAUGCCCAGCUCGUAGUGGAGGCUGAUACCUUUGGUAGCCAGGUGAGAAUCAGGGGCAAAGAAACCAACUUCUACCUGUGUAUGAACCGCCGUGGCAAGCUGGUAGGAAAGAAGGCCAGUAAUCGAAGCGCUGACUGCGUCUUUGUGGAAAAGGUUCUGGAAAACCACUACACAGCCCUGAUGUCAGCACGUUAUACAGGCUGGUAUGUGGGCUUCACUAAGAGAGGCCGCCCUCGCCGUGGCCCUCACACACUUCCAAACCAGCAGGACGUACACUUCAUGAAGCGCUUCCCACCUGGGGAGCAACCUGACCUUACCACCCCCUUCCGCUUUACUACAGUCAGCAAGCGGAGCAAGAGAGUGCGUGCUACUGGGCCACGCUAGUAGUGGCUAACACCAGCACCCACUGUCUUGUCAUCCAAAGCCUUGACCUGAGGCUUACCCAGUCAUCUCUUGGCGCACAUGACUGAACACCUCCCUUUGUCGGGACAAACAUUGACCAGAAACUUGAUGAAUCAUUCAUGGGGUUUUGCUUUACACCUACUAUUUUGCCACUACAGCCCCCAGUUAGAGAUCAUUCCUUUCAGUUUUAGUUCCAACUGUACCUUUAUUGGUUCAUCUCUGGAAGCUCAGUGGACCUGGUCUGCUUCCCUUCAUAAACCAGACAUACUAUAAAAAAGGGCAGAAGUCCCAAGCUUAUGGCUCCACGAAGGCCUUCAUUCCCAACCCUGAAAACCACAAAGCCUUCAUUUCUCCUGUUCUGGACCAGCUGGACAAUACUGAGCAUGGGAUUAUGACUGGACCAUACAGAAGGAGAACAAGAGUGAGGAAGACUGACUGAACAAGAGAGUGGGUGCUUAGUCAAGACAAAGGGAAAACAAGAAGCAGAGGGUGAAAAAACAGUGGAGUGGACAAAGGGAUAAAAAGAUCUGAAUAGAUCAAAUGGACCAAUAAUGAACUGUUGACAUGUGACGCACUUAUCUGUCUCACGGCUAAACUGGUGAGACUGUGAGACUGUUGGGUGGAUGGAUAGAUGACAAAAGGAUGUAUGAGGGAAUGACAAAGUGAAUGAGCUGCUGAAUAAAUGUUUGUAAUGGGAAGACGAGAAUGAAAUGUAUGUAAGAGUGUGUGUGUUUGUGUAUGAAUGCGUGCACCAACGACCAUGAGUAAAGCUGGAUCACAAGGGACUCUCGAAAGGGACCAUAAAGUCCCCGCAUGAACCUGUGACAACUCACUGCAGGGACUGAAGCUUUAAGAACUGGAAUGUAUAAAAACCAAGCUGCACCAAAAACAGCUAGCCAAUCACACUAAACCAAACCGACCAACCAAAGACAACUGGACACCUUCUAAAUGACUCCUCCCCACACCUUGCCCCCAGAGGACACAACAUUCUCGGCUUAUAAGUGCAGAGGGUGAUGAGUGCAGGGGGGGCACGAUGGGGAGGGUGCCUUCUCUAUUAGCAUUGCUAUAGAAACGACCCAGGGGGAUGAUGCUCCUGUGCGAUACCGUGGAUACAGAGUGCUGCUACCAGGACAUUCAGUGGAACAAACCAAAGUCUCAUGUAUACACACAGGAGAAAGAAUAUUAAAGGGAACAAUUUAUUGAAAGUUAUAUAUAUAUAUAUAUAUAUAUUAUAUAUAUGAAAGAAGACAGAAACCCUAAAUAAGCAACCUUACUAUGAUGGUUACUAUAAUUAUUACGAUAAAAUUAUUUCUUUUAUUUAUUUCAGCUCUGUGUGCAGCAGUCUUUCUCGACUCAGUAAACGUUACA